GAGUCACUUGUAUUCAGUGAACGGCGAUCAGCGGCUGUGGGUCUAGACGGUGAAGUGUUCAACUAGUUAACCUGUUGCUUCCUUUUAGUUGGCGCACAUUUGUUUCAUCAUCAUAUGUGCUUUGUAGGUGAGACCUUUCAAGCCGAUGAAAAAGUUUUACCAUGGAUGGUCAACAACCAUAUUACAAUCAAACUAAUUGGCACCCUAAUGGCCAGGACAAUGAUGAGAUGCCUUAUCUUCUAACUAAUUCUCAAACACAAAGAAUCAUAGAAAAUUUGGUGGAAAGUCCACCACCUUUUAUUGAGGAUCCAGUACUUACAGUAGAUACUGGAAACUUCAUGGGUCAUGGCACAAAUACUUAUAAUGAAUUCCCAUCGCAUCAGUUGCCAGAACAGGCUUAUCUCCCCAACAAUGACUAUGUCAUACAUGAGGAACAAAGUCACAUACCAGUUAACACUAAUUCAUCUUUCAUGAGUGUUAGUCAAAUCCCAGCCAUGGAAUUGUGGCCUGGGCAUUUGAACUUUACAGUUGAGUUUAGUAACACUCAAGAUAGAACAAAAGCAACACCUUGGAUUUUUUCCACAAAACUGAAAAAGUUGUUUGUUUGUAUGGACAAGGCCUGCCCAAUAUCAUUUAGGAUGGAUAAUCUUCCUCAAGAAUAUACAAAAUAUUGGAUUCGAGGACAAAUGGUCUUUUCCAAGGCUGAUCACUUCCAUGAUCACGUUGAACGCUGCCCCGGACAUAUGGGGAUGGGUUCGUCAUUGUCUUAUGAAACUCAUGUAUUGCGCUGUGAAGAUAAAACCUCAUCGUAUGUUGACCAUAGCGAUAAGAGGCAUUCGGUUGUUGUUCCUCUUAAGCCUCCUGCUCCUGGAACCCAGUCUGUGUCCUUAUGCUACAAAUUUAUGUGUCGUUCUAGCUGCCCUGGUGGCUUGAAUAGGCGACCAACGAAGCUUGUAUUCACAUUAGAAACGUUGGACAGCCAGGUGGUUGGCCGUUAUUCUUGUGAUGUUCGUAUAUGUAGUUGUCCCGGGCGUGACAUUAGGGCUGAGGAAGGAAAAGCAGAAAAGAAUCAUUCAACCGAACAAACAUCAAAAGAAUCGGAGGCCCCCGAAUUGAUUCCCAUCGUGCUUCCUCCCAUUGGCCUCCAGAAAGGAAAAAUGAAGAAAAGAAAAGCUACUCCAGCAGCACCUCCUAUUCCUCCACCCACAGAACCAUCUGAAGACCAAGAAGAAGAUGAUGAUGGAAUUUACAAUUUAAACAUUAAUAUUCCCGGAAGAAGAAAUUACUUGUUCAUCAAGGAUUUUGUCACUCGUUUUCUAAAUGACUACGGUUCACUUCCUGUGGAUAGCAACAAACACAGCCAUCACAACGAUACCCUUAAGCGUUUUAAGAAAGAGCAGCCUUAAUCGUGAUAACAACAUUUGAAGAGUGCAGUUUGUUUGGGCACAGUUUUAUUCUUUUUAACGUUUAUCCAUUUUUCUCAGUUCUAGCAACAUGAGUAACUUUUCACUUCAGUUGUGCAUGGUGUGAAGGGAUUUUCUUUCUUCUUUUUUUAUUUACAAAUUCCUUUACCAGACUGUACGGCAAUUUACGUGAAAGCCUAUGUAAGAGAGCUUAUGUGUCGAAUAAACUGCAAAUGAAUGAGA